AUGGCAGCAUUUUCGCUGGGUGGCAUUGCUGGGUUCAUGGGCCAGCAUAUGUACCUCACGGCCAUCUCGCUCUGCUUCCUGAUCGGCUUAUCCCUAGGGCUUCUGGGGAGCGGCGGUUCCAUCCUGACGUUGCCGAUCCUGGUGUACUUGCUGAAUGUGGAGGCGAAAGAGGCCAUCGCCAUGUCCCUCGUGGUCGUUGGCAUUACCAGCUCCUUCGCGCUGAUUGCGCAUGCCUGCGCUGGCAACGUCGACUGGAAGGUGGGUGGCAUCUUCGGCGUCGCCGGGAUGGCCGGGGCGUACGUGGGAGGCAUCCUGGCCGGUUUCGUGCCCGAGCAUGUCUUGCUCUGCCUCUUCGCGCUCAUGACCCUGGCAACCGCGAUAGCAAUGCUCUACAAGGACAACAGAAGUCCUCCAUCUGCAUAUCAGCCGGUCGCAAACGACUCUAACGAGGAGGCGCAACUAAGCAAGGGCGUGAAGGAUUCGGACAACUCGGAUGGCGAGAAUUUCGUCAAGUUGGAAGACUUGCCUUUGUGGCACAUCGUCGUGGAAGGUUUUGUGGUUGGCCUCGUCACUGGCAUGGUGGGUGCUGGUGGUGGCUUCCUGGUGGUGCCUGCCUUGAACCUGAUGGCCGGUCUACCCAUGUCAUCUGCGAUUGGCACAUCCCUGAUGGUGAUUGCGAUGAAGUGUCUCGCGGGCUACAUUGGUCAUGCCAGCCACGUGGCCAUCGAUGUGAAACUGACGUUGAUCGUCUCUGCAAGCGCCGUUCUCGGAAGCUUCUUGGGAGGCUAUCUGACUGAGUUCCUGGCGCCGAGCGUCUUGCGUAAGUCCUUUGCGAUUUUCGUGCUGACUAUCGGCUGCCUGCAGCUGUGGAAGGAAUCCAGUAGCCUGGUCCACUAA